CUCUCUACUAGACUACUCGUAGUCAGUACUCGUAUCGAUUAUACAUAAGUACUCACUUGCAGCUAUCAAAUUGUUUGUGGGUAAUUUUAAUGAUGAUUAGUUUAUCUUUCGUUUCCUCCCUCCGUCUGUUUGGGAUACACCAUGUGCAGUUCAUUCGAAUAUUAUGCUUAAUUACCCAUUUAUAGUCUCGAAGUUAGCUUACGUAUCAAUCAUGACGCGUUAUUUUUCUUCUCUUUUGUUAUCGAUACUAGAAAUCUGCGGUGGAUUAGAUGAAGUUUAAUACGCGAGGUGUAGUACUCUAGUUCUUAUUCAUUCGGUUCCUGUAUUUUAUUACCUACCUUCGAUCUUUUCAUUUGUUUUAUUUUACGUAAUGUCGUGUUCGUUUGUUUGCACUUGAAUCAUCGAUGUGUUAAUUUAUUGUGACGUGUAUUUUUUUCAAGGGGUGUGUUCGCGAAAUCGUGGGAUUUUGGGGGUUAGAACGUUGUGCUUUGGUUGAAUUGGUGCAAUUUUUUAAUUACGUAACAAAAUGGGUACGAUGAUCGAUCCUAGUUGUGCUGGAUGCUCUUUGAAGAGGUUGACAAUCGGUGUUUUGAUUAUGUACUUGAUUUCUGCAGUUGUUCACUUAUUGGCUGGAAUCUAUCAAUUAUAUUGGGAAGUUUCAAAGUCAUCAUCAUCAGUGGAUCUCUUACCAAUAUUGUUGGUGAAGUAUAUCAUUUGUAUAAUCGUCCUGCUGGUUGCAUUUCUUGGAAUUUGUAAGAAUCAAGCUGUCCUCCUGGUACCCACAUUAAUCACCCGACUUAUAAUCUGUGUUGAGGAUGUAAUUGACGUACUUUGGUUCAUUUUCAAAGGACAGACAAUAGUGCCAACUUCAUUGCCCGUUGCUUACACCGAAAAUUUUCUGACAGAACUUACAUUUGGUUGUUUGUUUCUAGCCAUUACUUUCUAUUUCUUCGCUAUAAUCUAUAGUUACUAUUGCGAAUUGAAAGAAGUCAAUUCCAAAAAUACUGAAUCGUCGUCUGUUGCUUGAAGAAGUAAUGGUAGGAAUUUCAAAAGGGCUUGCGGAAGAAGAUGCAUGUAGUGCUAAAGUGACGAUAUUCCAAGAAAAAAAUAAUGAUGCUUUAAGCACUGCCUUAAUUACUUAUUCUUUACUGCGAAUUGUCAACCAAUAUCCUAAAUAUCUAAUCUAAUGACUCCAGUGAUGAUUUUUUUUUUAAAUUUACUUUCAUAAUUGGACUUUUCAGUGAAUUAUUUCUUAGGUAUGUACAUUCUUGUACAGUACCUACCUAUAGGUACUUAUUGAUUUGAGCAAUUAUGUAUCAUCAACUAUAGGUAUCAUUAUUUUCCAUUUGUACCUAAUUGUCAACUCACGAAAUAGGUACCUACCAACAAUUUAACAUCAUUUAAGAAAUGGGUGAAUGAAUGAAUGGAUAUAGGUUCUUAUUUAUUUGCAUUUACACACUUUUCGAAUGACGAACAAUUAAAUAAUUUUGUACCUACGAGUAAUUAGUGAAGUUAUUGUUUAAUUUCUUCAAAGUUGUCACCAUUUUUAAAUACUUACCUAUUUUUAAUUUUUAUCAAUAAUAUAAGAUUGAUUUUGUUGUUACCCUGACGAUCAACUUACCUGUGUAUAUCAUUAGAUUUUUCUCUCUACUAGACUACUCAGUACUCUUAUUGAUUUUACGAGUACUUCGUCUGGCUGGGAUAUAUUCAGUUCAUUCGAAUAUUAGGCUUAAUUACUCAUUUAUAAUAUCGGAGUUAGCUUAUGAAUCAUGACGCGUUAUUUUUCUUAUCUUUUGUUAUCGAUACUAGAAAUCUGCGGUGGAUUAGAUGAAGUUUAAUGAGUAAACGAAUACGAGGUAUUACUGUAGCUCUUAUUCAUUCGGUUCAUAUUUUAUUAUUUUCGGUGUUUUCAUUUGUUUUGCCUUACCUAUGAUGUCGAAUUCGUUUGUUUGCACAUAGAUCAUCAAUAUACUUAUUAUUGUGUUAA